AUUGGAAGCGGUAUAUUGACUAAGACGUGUUGUCCGAAACCUCCACAAACGUGACGUGCUUCUAUUCUACUCUCUUUUGGCAACUGCAAAUGCAAAUAUAAAAUAAAACAGAGAAACCCAUUACAUAUAAAGAGCUCUAUAGGUUCCUCUGCACUUAGACACACUAAACCUCGGAACUUUUUUGUUGUUGCAAGGAAGAAAAUGGCAGAGAAGAACACUUUGGAAUCUGUGAGGAAAUGGGUUGUGGAACACAAACUCCGAACAGUUGGGUGUUUGUGGCUUAGUGGAAUAGCGGGUUCAAUUGCUUACAAUUGGUCUCAGCCCCACAUGAAAACCAGCGUCAAGAUCAUUCAUGCCAGGCUGCACGCACAGGCACUCACACUUGCUGCAUUAGCAGGUGCUGCAGUCGUGGAGUACUAUGACCAUAGCUCAGGAGCUAAAGCAGAACGUGUUGCCAAGUUCCUCCAACCGCAAGCCCAUUCUCACAAGGAGUGAAUCACUACUUCAAUGAAUAAAAACCAAACUGAUUAGGCGCAGCUUUCUAUUGUUGAGUUUUACUUCCUCCUUAGGAUAUGAUUAAUGUGGGCAUGCUGCUAUGCCAGCGCGAGUCCCUUCCCUUUGCUAAAGGGCUAAUGAACUUUGUGGCUAUAGUUAUAAGUUUCUUGGCUAAGAUGAGACACCAUUCCUUAUUCAUUUUGUUUUUGGGUUUUAGACACCAUUCCCUAUUCAAAAAAUACGUUGAAAUAUCUGCCAAUUAAAAAUUUUGAGGGUACA